AUGACUUUUAUAUCACAAAAUAAUGUUAUCACUGGUGAAUUAGAAUGGGUAUUUCUUGAUACAACUAAAUAUGAUCAUGAACAAGAUUUAGCUCGUUCGGCGUAUGCUGAUAUGCUCCAUGAUACUGAAAGAAAUGUAUUGUAUGAGAAAGCAAUUAUCAAAGCAAUUGAAAAUUUAAAAAAAUCAAAUAAUCCAAUUCAUAUUCUUGACAUUGGCACAGGUACAGGAUUAUUGUCAAUGAUGGCUGCUCGUGCAUUAGAAAAAUUUCAAAUACCCCAUGAUCAACAACGUAUAACAGCUUGUGAAGUAGAUAAACCAAUGGCGGAAAUAGCAAGAGAAUGUAUCAAAAUAAAUUCAUUAAAGGAUCGUAUAAAUGUUAUCAACAAACGUUCAACAGAACUUGAUUUAUCUAAUGAUUUAGAUAAUAUACCUAUUAAUAUGAUAGUUGCCGAAGUCUUUGAUACGGAACUUAUUGGCGAAGGUGCUUUGAGAACGUUUCAUGAUGCAUCAAAACAUUUAAUGAUAGAUAAUAAACAAAGUAUCAUUGUUCCAGCUCGUGGUACUAUAUUUAUUCAAUUAGUUCAAUCAAAUUUUCUACAACUGUUUCAUACAAUGAAUGAUAUUGAAAACAAGAGUCUUCAAAUACCGUUUGAAUGUUCUAAUUUAGCUGGCAAUAGUGUUUAUGAUUUGAAUGUAAAUGAGAUACAUGAACACAUUAUACCAUUGACAGAACCGAUUAAAGUAUUUAAUUUUGAUUUUAAAAAUAUUAACAAUAGUAAACAAUAUCAGGAUGAAUGUAUUGUGGAUAAUAUUGAAUGUAAUAAGUCGGGUAAAAUUAACACAUUUAUUAUGUGGUGGGAAUUAGAUAUGGAUGAAGAUGGUGAAUAUAAAUUAGGAACAACACCAAUAUGGUGUACUAGACAACAACCACAAUGGAGAGAACAUUGGAUCCAUGGUGUUUAUUAUCCAAAAAAACCAUUGAACAUCAAUCAAGGUGAUAAAGUAUCUCUUUAUUGUUAUCACGAUGAAUAUAGUCUUUAUUUUGAUGUUCUUCCAUUUGAUAUCAAACAACCUAUGAAUGUUUCUCUAUUUUUACCACGAUUGUAUCUUCCAUCAAUUACAAGUCGUUCAGCAAUAGCUUCUUUCAAUUCCACUUAUCGUCGCACAAAAUAUUUGAAUGCAUUGAAUAUUUUGUUGGAAAAAUCAAGUGAUACUCUACGCUGUUUAUACAUUGGAGAUGGUCUAUUAUUACCGUUACUUGUAUUGACAAUGUACGAAGACGUUGAAUUGUAUAUUGUUCAAACAAAUAAACAUCUCAUCAGAACGUUAAAUCAAAUAUUAGAAUACAAUAAUAAACGUUGUCAUAUAAUUGAUAAAUCAUUAACAGCAUUGACUAUUGAAGAUUUUGAUCAGAAUAAACUUGAUAUUAUUUUAUCUGAACCAUUUUUUUCAAAAUCACUCUUACCAUAUGAUAAUUUAUAUUUUUACUAUUCAUUACAAACGUGUAAAAAGUUUAUGAAAUCAAAUUUCAUCUCAAUGCCGUGUCGUGCAAAAAUACGUUGUAUUGCAUUGGAAUUUGAUCAUUUACAUAAAAUACGUUUAGCAGUUAAAAAAUGUUGUAAUUUUAAGUUAAAACCAUUUGAUGACAAAAUUUUAAAUGCAUCAAAAAUUGUUGAUGAUUUUAUUGAAACCCAACCAUUAUUUGAAUAUUCAUCAAAACCAUUAAGUAACAUAAUCGACUUAUUACAUUUUGAUUUUAAAGAAGAUAAUCGUUCAUCAACAAUUAAACAAGAUGUAGAAAUAUCUUUAAUUCAAAAUGGACAAUGUAAUGGUAUUGCUGUUUGGAUUGAUUUUGAACUAAGUGAUGGAAUAUGGUUAACAACCGGUUGUGAAACAAUCAAUUUUAAUCAGCCUAUGCAAUGGUCGACAUAUUGUAAACAAGGUGUGCAUUUAUUACGAAAACCAAUCAAUACACCAUCAUCUUUAAAAGUUUCAACACAAUUUGAUUAUCAAAAAGGACAUUUUUCGUUUGAAUUUCAUGAAAACCUUGUUUGA